UGGACGGUAGAUUGUCCACCUUAAAUAAAAUGGGGAGCAAGAAGGUGCCUGGAGGAAGACUGUGACCCCCCCAAAAGCAAACACGUGUCUUGCAGAGAACAGGAGGGAGAACAAACACCAGCUAUGCCACCCAGGGGAUUAUGGAGGCCGUAGUCCUCAACAAAACGUGGUGGGCAGAUCAACCUUUGACAAGGAGGCCAUGACUGUUUCCUUAGAUAGUUUUACUUCUCCUCCUCCAGAUCUCUCCGGCAGCCCCCUAAGCAUUGAUGUGGGUCUCUGCCGGGCCCACUGCAGGGGACCCCGCCGCAGGAACCUCCACCUUUCCGACUUCCCGGGACUCUCCAAACCAUCUUCCAUGCUGGACUUCCUGAGAGCCAAGAAGGUAAGGAGAGGCCGGUCUCUGCAGACAGAGGGGGCCGACCCACCUCGCCGGGGCGUUGUGCAAGAGGAGGGGUUCUUGCGACGGCCAGAAGGGACGGAUUGGGACGCCUUCCCGGACAGGUCCUGCCCGGCGGGCUCCCGUUGCGAGGCCAGCCGGCUCCGGGUGGAGGAGAUCUCGCUGCUGGAAGGGGUCCGUCAGGUGGAGGUGACCGAGGGCUGCCACUGCGCCCCCCAACCCCACAAGUGCAUCCGGGCUCCGGCCCCCAAAACCUUCUUCCCCGACUCCCCCCAGGAACGGACAGUGGACGUUGGCAGGUGCUCCGGGCCAAUGGGCACCAGAGGUGAGCAAAAUAAGUGGGUGGGUGGGCUCUCCGCCGAGCUCAUUAAUGUUCCUUUCCCUGCGCGCACAAAGGUUUCUUUUGCAGCCGCUGGAAGCAAACAGAGCAAAGAGCUUUCAAACAGAGGCAGGAAGGCUUUCUGCUUGAGCCAUCGAUUUCUGUCCUCCUUGUGGCCGGGGUUAGGCUGGAUGACCCCCCCAAGGAACCCCUCCCUACUCUGUCAUUCUGUGACUCCUCUGAAGCAAAAUCAAGCCAAGUCACUAGUCCUUAGGGCUCCGAAAACAGACGGGCUCCUCUGCGUCCCCACCCAUUUUGACAUGGUUCUGCUCGAGGGUCCGAACGGCCACCAGGCCAUCCGGACGCUGGAGCGCUGUGGGCAGAGAGCGGCCUGCUACCGGGUCCCUCACAUCCGGUCCUACCUCGAAAUCGUGGCCGACGGCACCGCGGAGAAAUUGCACAAACGGAUCAAGGAAAUCGAUGUUGGACGGUGCUUAGGGAGAUGCCCCGGCCUCCUCCUGGACAAUACCUGCCGGCAGAGGGACCUGCUGAAGCCGGACAAUGAUUUAUUCCAGGCAGAAGAGGGGGUCUCUGGCCACUGCACCCCACGCCGGUACGAGACCCACACUUUCCGGAGCCAGGGUGGGCAGCUUCGCACCGUCUUGUCUGUCCAGACCUGCGGAUGUGGGAUCUGAAACGGCCUCCAGUGGGCACUCCAAAGCCUAUCGUGCACAGACUGAAGUUAAAAAAAUACAGUGGCCGUUCCCCCCCUCCCGAGCAGA